AUACUCCGAGAUAGUUGUUUCAUUCAACGUCCCACAUCACAACACUAUCGAAGCUGAUUACAUCGCGCAUGAUUACUAUAUUUUAAUAAUUGAGAUUAAAGUAAUCCAGUCGCAGGCUUGGCACGUAGCAAGGUGCCGGUUCAACGAGGAAAGAUGCUGGCUACAAAACUUCUGGUCCUCGCUCUGGCGUGUAGCUGCGCUUACUCUAUUCCCCAAAAAGCAACAAAACUGAAAACAACAAUCUUCGGAGAUGAAAAACUAGAAGGAGAAAUCUUCGAAAAAUACGACGUAGCAGCAGUCGCUCUCAACGAUGAUGUAGCUUUGUACAGACUGCCGACCACCACUAGACCUACUCACUACAAUAUUCUUUGGGCCAUGGAUUUCACGUCGAACCCACAAGCCUUCGGUGGAACAGUUGAAAUUCAAUUGCACGCCACGCAAACCGGAAUCAGCCAAAUCGUUCUCCAGUCUGAUGACCUUACUAUUGGCACUGUAACUCUAGUUCAAGGCAAUACACCCGUUCCUGUGACAGUCACCGAGGAGACUGCGUAUGACUUCCUAAGGAUCAAUCUUGUUUCUGGAUCUCUUGCCUAUGAUGCCACAAAUCCGGUCAUUUACACUUUGACCAUCACUUUCGAGGCUCCUAUGCGAGAUGAUAUGUCCGGCAUUUACAAGAGUUGGUUUAGGAAUCAAUACAACGAUUCCGUCAGCUGGAUGGCAAGCACUCAGUUCCAGGCCACGUCGGCCCGCAGGGCUUUCCCUUGCUACGACGAGCCCAGCUUCAAGGCUACAUUCGACGUCACCAUCAGACGCCCGGCCGCGUACCGCAGCUGGUCCGCUACCCGUAUUUCCUCAACCGUAACAUCUGCCAACAAUCCUGGCUUCGAAGACGAUAUUUACCACACAACUCCUCUCAUGUCAACGUACCUCUUGGCUAUAAUCGUCGCUGAAUAUAAGAGUUUAGAGGUCAACAAUGUCAACAACGAACUUAUCUAUGAAGUAAUUGCUCGUCCUGCUGCUAUUGACGCUGGCCAGGGUCAGUACGCAUUGGAAGUGGGCCAGGAGCUUUUAGCUGAGAUGAACACACACACUGACUACGACUUCUAUAGUGUGGUUGAUCAUAUUAAGAUGACCCAGGCUGCGAUUCCUGACUUCUCCGAAGGCGCUAUGGAGAACUGGGGACUUCUUACGUACAGGGAAGCCUACCUCAUGUACGACCCCGUCCACAGUACCAGCUACGACAAGCAGCUGGUUGCUUCCAUCCUCUCUCACGAAACCGCCCACAUGUGGUUCGGUAACUUGGUCACUUGCGACUGGUGGGAUGAUUUGUGGCUCAACGAAGGCUUUGCCACAUACUACCAAUACUUUCUUACCCACAGGGUCGAGGAUUACAUGGGUUUCGAGACCAGGUUCAUAACCGAGCAAGUCCACACCGCUUUGCUCAGUGACUCCACUGCCAGCGCUCACCCAUUAUCCACAUCUGGUAUCGGAAGCCCGGCGGCCGUCAGCGGCAUGUUUUCGACUCUGUCGUACAGCAAGGGAGCUGCAGUCAUCAGGAUGACUGAACAUCUUCUUGGCUCUGAAGUUCACAGAGCCGGUUUGAGGAACUACUUGAGGAAUAAGCAAUUCGAGACUGCUUUGCCAAUUGAUCUCUACACUGCAUUGGAAGAGGCUGGUCGAGCCGCUGGCGCUCUAAGCGAGUACGGCCCCGACUUCUCUCUGGUCGAAUAUUACCGCUCCUUCACGUACCAAGCCGGACACCCCAUACUUUACGUGCAGGUCGACCACCAAACUGGUGACAUGACCAUUCAGCAGCGCCGCUUCGAUAUCAACAACGGAUACCUCGACGUCAACACUCAGUGGGUCAUCCCGAUCAGUUUCUCCAGCGCCAGUAACCCUGACUUCACCAACACCAAGCCGUCGCACAUCAUCCGCAAGGCCGUCACCGUCAUCAACCGCGGCUCCGUCGGCGACGAGUGGGUUCUGUUCAACAGGCAACAGACUGGUUACUACCGCGUGAACUACGACGACUACACUUGGGAUCUCAUUACUGCUGCCCUAAGAGGAGAGGCCAGGACCCAGAUUCAUGAAUACAACAAGGCGCAGAUAGUCGACGAUGUCUUCCAAUACGCACGCUCUGGCAUCAUGAGCUACAACAAGGCUCUGAACAUUCUUUCCUUCUUGGAGUUCGAGACCGACUACGCCCCUUGGGUGGCUGCCAUGACUGGCUUUAGCUGGCUCAGGAACCGGCUCACUGGCACCGUCUACCUGGAUCCUUUUGAGGCUUUGAUCGCUCAAUGGUCUACCGCCGUGAUGGCCGAUCUCACGUACUACCCGACGUCAGACCCCGAAGACUUCAUGCGUUCGUACCUUCGUUCGGACCUGGCUCCUAUCAUGUGCCGGAUGAACAGGGACCCCGCCUGCCGCACCGCUGCUGUUGACCAAUUCAACGCUCUGAGGACUUCUAAUGUUGAAGUGUACCCCGAUAAUCGCGCAUACGUGUACUGCAACGCUCUUCGGGAAGGUACCGCCGAAGAGUUCUACUAUCUGCGCACGCGCUUUGUCCAGCACAACGUUUACACGGAAAAGAUCCUUCUGCUCCCAUCUCUUGGCUGUGCUAAGUCCGCUGAAGCUCUCGGAGUUUUCCUGACCGAUAUCUUCCAAGACAAUGAAUUGAUCCGUCGUCAGGACUACAACAACGCCUUGAACUCCGCCGCUAACGGCAACAAAGAAAACGCACAGAUCGUCUUCAAUUUCAUUCAAAACAACUUCGCAUUAGUGCAAAAUGCGUAUCCUGAUGUGGCUACUCCAUUGUUUUACGUAUCAAGUAGGCUAAGAUCUGAAGCUGAAAUUAACACGUUCCAACAAUGGGCGACCCAAAACCAGGCUCUCCUGGGCACAUCGUACCAGGCUGUCAUGAACGGCGCGGAGUCAGCCAGACAGUCCAUCCAAUGGACCGCCGGCAUCGUCGAAGACCUCAACAACUUCCUCACUGCAGCAGGCUUCCAGCCUGUGACGACCACCACUCAGCCACCGCCCACUGAAACACCUGCUCCGGAGCUUGAAACUAGGCCGGAGCUCACCCAACCAGAAACGCCAGACCUCCCUGACUCCGCUGUCACUUCGGUCUUAUCCAUGACCGUGCGUGUUCUAUAAUGCAACUUCAGUAUUCUGUGUCAUUCAGUAGAAAUUUUAAGUAUUCAAUUAGGUAUGUUAAGCGUUACCUGAUCAUCGUCUUUUUCCUUAUGGUUAAGAUUUGUUGAUUGUAAAUAUUAUUUAAUUUAUUUAAUAAAUCUUAAAUAAUAAAAUAUUAAGAACUUUA